UUAUAGCAACUCUCUUGAUCAUGGCUUCUCUUUAAUAUCAUCACGAACAAGGAGAGAGAGAGAGAGAGAGAGAGAGAGAGAUGGGAGUGGAAACGAGUGAAUCAAUGGAAGGCGGAGCUCCUUACCUUCAACUUAGCAAUGAGAUAGUAGACAAUCACUCGGAGGAGUUCAGACUGAAUCAGUUGGGCUACAAGCAAGAACUCAGCCGGAAUCUCUCAGCAUUGUCUAAUUUUGCUGGAAAAAUGGUAACUUGGUAAUGGUCAUGGUAAAUGGGGCUGCCUGGCUGCUGAUUUUACUUUGCUUUUUAUUUUUUGGUUUUGGUGAGUAGAGCAUUGUCUAAUUUUGCUGUGAGUUUCUCCAUUAUAUCGAUAUUGACUGGCAUUACAACAUUGUACAAUACUGGGAUUACCUUCGGGGGGCCGAUGAGUAUGAUUUAUGGAUGGCUAGUAGCUGGGGCUUUUACUCUGAUGGUUGGCCUUUCGAUGGCUGAGAUUUGCUCUGCGUUUCCGACAUCUGGUGGUCUUUACUAUUGGAGUGCUAAGCUUUGUGGAGAGCAAUGGGGGUCAUUUGCUUCAUGGAUUACUGGCUGGUUUAACAUUGUUGGUCAGUGGGCUAUCACUACUAGUAUCGACUUCUCAUUAGCACAGCUUAUUCAAGUUAUAAUCCUACUUAGCACUGGUGGAAAGAAUGGAGGAGGAUACCAAGCUUCAAAAUAUGAGGUCCUUGGCAUUCACGGGGGAGUGUUGCUAAUUCAUGCCAUUCUAAACAAUGCUUCAGUUGCGUGCUUAUCCUUUUUCGGAAUGUUUGCUGCAUCAUGGAAUGUGAUUGGUGUUUUUGUUCUCAUGAUCCUCAUACCAACCGUUGCCACUCAGAGAGCAAGUGCUGAAUUUGUGUUUACUAAUUUCAACAUGGAAAAUGAUGUCGGGAUUCACAACAAAUUCUACAUAUUUGUUUUGGGACUUCUGAUGGGCCAGUACACCUUGGUUGGAUAUGAUGCAUCAGCUAACAUGACUGAGGAAACUAAAGAUGCUGAUAUGAAUGGACCCAAAGGAAUCAUCAGUGCAAUUGGCAUAUCAAUUAUUGUUGGCUGGGGUUAUCUCCUUGGCAUCACAUUUGCAGUUACCGACAUCCCAUAUCUUUUGAGUGAGGACAAUGAUGCUGGAGGUUAUGCAAUAGCUGAAGUGUUCUAUCUUGUUUUCAAGAGCAGAUAUGGAAGUGGAACUGGAGGAAUAAUUUGUUUGGGAAUCAUCGCUGUCGCUAUAUUUUUUUGCGGCAUGAGUUCAGUUACAAGUAAUUCGAGGACAACUUAUGCAUUUUCAAGAGAUGGAGCAAUGCCAUUUUCAUCAGUGUGGAACAAAGUAAACAAGAAAGAAGUGCCCAUGAAUGCAGUUUGGCUCUCUGUUUUCAUUUCUUUUUGCAUGGCCUUGACGUCUCUUGGAAGCAUGGUGGCAUUUCAAGCAAUGGUUUCCAUAGCCACAGUAGGACUCUACAUUGCUUAUGCUCUUCCAAUCUUAUUCAGAGUCACAGUGGCACGCAUAUCAUUCACCUCAGGACCAUUCAAUCUUGGGCGAUGCAGCAUUCUGAUUGGUUGGAUAUCUGUCAUUUGGGUGGCUUUCAUCACUGUCUUGUUCUCUCUUCCUGUUGCUUAUCCUGCCUCGUGGAACACCUUCAACUACACUCCGGUAGCCGUUGGUGGCCUUCUUCUUCUUGUUCUUUCUUCUUGGCUUCUCAGUGCUAGGCACUGGUUCAAUGGUCCUCCUCUCUCAAAUUGUGAGCAUUAUUUUCUGAAUUAUAUGUUUUUAUUAAUAUAUUUUUCAUAUAUUGAUCAAUGUAAUUAGGACCUUUAUAAAUAAA